AUGAAUAAUUCUGUUCUUGGAUAUAUCGGUGUUGCUGUGGCUGUCUUGUUCUUUGGAAGUAACUUUAUCCCAAUUAAGAAAUAUGAAACGGGAGAUGGUGUUUUCUUCCAAUUUGUGGUUUGCAUGGGUAUCUGGGUGAUGGGUUUGAUAGUCGCAAUUUGCCGACAGCAAACUACUUUUAGUCUUUUUGCCAUGAUCGGAGGUGUGAUCUGGGCUACUGGAAACUUGUGCACUGUUCCUAUCGUUAAGUGCGUUGGUCUGGCUCGUGGUCUCCUCAUUUGGGGAAUCACCAACAUGAUUACUGGAUGGGCUGUGUCUCUGUUCGGAUGGUUGGGUCAGGCGAAGGCUCAGAUCGCCCAUCCUAUUUUGAACUACAUUGGAGUUGCGCUCUGCGCCAGCUGUGUGGUCAUUUCCUCCUUCAUCAAGAACACGGAAGAGGAGAAGGGUGACAUCCCGAAGCGUGUGAGUUCUGUGGGUAAUCUCGGCUCUGCGGUCAUCACCUCCAUCAACGACCCCGAUCCCUUAAUUCCCAUCACCGACACGCACACCAGCUGGGUCGAUCGUCUGUCCUCCUCCCAGCGCAGCAUCGUGGGCUACGGCCUGAGCGUGUUCGCCGGUCUGAUGUACGGUGUGAACUUCUUCCCGUGCAACUACGCGUGGCUGAAGUGGUUCCCGAACGCGCAGAAGAUGGACAUGGAGUUCAGCCAGUUCUGCGGCAUCCUGCUGGCCUCGUUUGUGUAUCUGUGCAUCUACUGCCUGUACAAGAAGAACAAGCCCGACGUGUACGUGAAGUCGAUUUUCCCGGGCUUCCUGUCGGGACUGAUGUGGGGCGUCGCGCAGACGGGUUGGUUCUAUGCGAACGCGUACACCGGCGAGACGAUCUCGUUCCCGAUCAUUUGCUGCGGUCCGACGAUCGUGUCGAGCAUCUGGGGAAUGACGCUGUAUAAGGAGAUCACCGGGAAGAGAAACGCGACGCUUCUGUCGGUGGUGGUGGUGGUGAUGAUCGCGGGAAGCAUCUGUGUGUCGCUGUCGAAGUAGAAGGCUGUAUGAUGUGAGACGUUUAGGCUGUGUUGUGUGGU